CAUACAAAACAACAAACAAUCCUAAAAAAAAUCUACCAAUUCAUUCCUAUUCUUUACGUUGCUCUUUCCCUCAAACCAACGGUGCUUGCAGUGUCCUAUGUCCAAUGUCGUCACCACCUUAGAGAUUAUUCAUUCGUACUCUGGAAAACAAUGCAAUACAACAUCUUCCCAAUAAUGCGUAGCUUCAACAUCAUCGACGGUUGCAAGGGCACUCAGUUUUAUGCAUUCAACCCCUCCUCCGGCACCGCCACCGGCAGUGGUAUCGGCGAUAAGCUUCUCCAACAACUCCACGACCACAUUAAGGCCCAAACCCUCAGAACCAAAUCCAACCGGAACUUCAUUUCUCCGAACACCACCUCAGCUUCCGAGGUUGUCUUCUGUGAAGGCUCCCUCCUCCCUUAUGGCCUCCCCAUGACAGAACUUCUUGAACCCAAAAUCGAACCGUCCCUCGUCUCUCCCGAUUUAGUGGAAACCCUCGCCGGUGCGUAUCGCCGUGCCGAGGAGUGCCCCCAGUUCGAGCGCACCGAGGUCUUCCUCCAGCAAUGCACCAUCUUUCGAGGCUUAGCAGACCCCAAACUCUUCCGCCGCAGCCUUCGCGCCGCUCGGCAGCACGCCACUAACGUGCAUGCUAAGGUCGUGCUCGCGGCGUGGCUGCGCCACGAACGCCGCGAGGACGAGCUCAUCGGGUCGUCUUCCAUGGACUGCAGCGGCAGGAACCUCGAGUGUCCCCGCGCCACCUUGGAGCCAGGCUAUGACCCAGAGUCUGUGUUUGAUCCUUGCCCGUGCACGCGUGCAUGUGCAGUGGAUGGCGAAAAUGAUAGUGAUGAUGGUUAUAGUGCAAUGAUGACAACAGAGGAUGAUGACGAUGAUGAGCAACGCCCCGCGUCGGAGGAAGAGGAUGGUGACAUGUCGUUCAUUGUCGGUGAAGAUGAAGUUAGGUGCAAUAGGUUCAACAUAGCCUCACUUUCGAGGCCCUUUAAGACAAUGUUGUAUGGGGAAUUCGUAGAGUCAAGAAGGGAGCACAUUAAUUUUUCCCAGAAUGGUUUUUCCGUUGAGACACUGAAAGCUGCUAAGGAGUUCAGUAGAAGUAAGAAGUUGACCCAUUUGGAGCCUAACGCUGUGUUGGAGUUGUUGUCUUUUGCGAAUCGUUUUUGUUGUGAGGAGAUGAAGCAUGCCUGUGACGUACAUUUGGCUUUGCUAGUUUGUGACCUGGAGAAUGCGUUGUUGCUUAUUGAGUAUGGAUUGGAGGAAACUGCAUACCUUCUUGUUGCAGCUUGCUUGCAGGUGUUUCUCCGAGAGCUUCCAAGUUCGAUGCAGUGUUCGAGUUUUGUGAGGAUGCUUUCUAGUCCAGAGGGUAGAGAUAGGCUAGCCAUGGCGGGACACGCGUCAUUCAUGUUGUACUACUUUUUGAGUCAGGUUGCGAUGGAGGAAGAGAUGAGAUCUAACACAACUGUGAUGUUGUUGGAGAGGUUAGUGGAGUGUGCAAAUGAUGGUUGGGAGAAGCAACUUGCGUUUCACCAAAUGGGUGUUGUUAUGCUUGAGAGAAAAGAAUACAAAGAUGCACAGCAUUGGUUUGAGUCAGCAGUGGAAGCAGGGCAUAUUUAUUCUACAGUGGGAGUUGCAAGGGCAAAAUACAAGCGUGGCCACACGUAUUCAGCGUAUAAGUUGAUGAACUCAAUUGUUUCUGAACAAAAACCAGUUGGGUGGAUGUAUCAAGAAAGGUCUUUGUAUUGUAUGGGGAAGGAGAAACAAAUGGACUUGCUAUCUGCAUCUGAGUUAGAUCCAACUCUUUCAUUUCCUUAUAAAUUUCGAGCUGUUUCUUUCUUGGAAGAGAACAAGAUUGAAUCUGCCAUUGCGGAAAUCAAUAAAGUAAUCGGUUUCAAGGUUUCUGCAGAUUGCCUUGAACUGAGAGCUUGGUUCUUGAUUGCCAUGGAGGAUUAUGAAGGAGCCCUUAGAGAUGUUCGGGCAAUUUUGACGUUGGAUCCAAAUUAUAUGCUGUUUUAUGGGCAUAUGCAUGGUGAGCACUUGAUAGAACUUCUCAGUCCUGUUGUUCAACAGUGGUGCCAAGCUGAUUGUUGGAUGCAGUUGUAUGAUCGGUGGUCCUCUGUUGAUGAUAUUGGUUCAUUGGCUGUUGUACACCAAAUGUUAGCAAAUGAUCCGGGAAAAAGUCUUCUACGUUUUCGACAAUCUCUUCUUUUGCUACGGUUGAAUUGUCCAAAGGCUGCCAUGCGUAGUUUGCGGAUGGCUAGAAAUCAUUCUAUUUCUGACCAUGAAAGACUUGUGUAUGAAGGUUGGAUAUUGUAUGACACUGGUCAUCGUGAAGAAGCAUUAGCAAAGGCUGAGGAAUCUAUUUCAAUUCAAAGAUCAUUUGAAGCUUACUUUCUCAAAGCAUAUGCGUUAGCAGACUCAAAUCUUGAUUCAGAGUCUUCUAAGUAUGUGAUCCAUCUCUUAGAGGAAGCUCUAAGGUGCCCUUCAGAUGGUCUUCGGAAAGGGCAAGCACUAAAUAAUCUAGGGAGUGUCUAUGUAGACUGUGAUAAAUUAGACCUUGCUGCUGACUGCUACAUGAAUGCACUCAACAUCAAGCAUACACGAGCACAUCAAGGGUUGGCACGAGUAUAUCAUCUUAAAAACCAUCGCAAAGCAGCAUAUGAUGAGAUGACAAAGCUAAUAGAAAAGGCUCGAAGCAACGCAUCAGCAUAUGAGAAACGUUCAGAAUAUUGUGAUCGUGAUAUGGCAAAGAGUGAUCUUAGUAUGGCAUCAGAAUUGGACCCUCUCAGGACUUAUCCUUACAGAUAUAGAGCAGCAGUUUUGAUGGAUGAUCACAAGGAAGCUGAGGCAAUAGCAGAGCUUUCAAGAGCCAUCGAUUUUAAGCCAGAUCUACAAUUAUUACAUCUUCGAGCGGCAUUUUAUGAAUCCAUGGGUGAUUAUGCUUCUGCUGUGCGGGAUUGUGAAGCAGGCCUCUGUCUUGAUCCUAAUAAUAAUGAAAUUCUUGAUCUCUGUAACAAAGCACGAGAGCAUCUUAGAGAACAACCAAAGUAGUAGAAUCAGAUGUUUCAAAAACAAACACGCUUUCCAGUAGUGUUCCUUAUAGGGAAAACCCUAUUCUUCCCAACCUAUCAUCAUUGUCAUUUAUCUGUUAGAAUUUUCUCCAAAAAUGGCACGAUCUAUAUAUCUUUCAUCUGACCUUCAAAAGAGUGGAACACAGAAAGAAAAAAAUUGCAAAGGUCAAAUUUGGAUUACAAGAGAGAAGAGGAAGUAGAGAAGCAAGAUUACACUUGUAAAUAAAUGUAAUGAUGGCCUAUGAAUUUUUCAGAGUAUGGUCAAAUAGUACAUACUGUGGUUCUAGUAUGCUACACCAGAAAAUUGGUGAUCAGUUACUAGUUAGACAAAACAUGUACAUGAAAACCAAUGUGUUAUGUAAGUCCAAGAGUUAGAGUACUUACCAUUGCAUUUGUUCUCCUAAGCAAAUGUUGUCUCAGCAUUGUGGUGUAACAUUUUCCACUUAUAAACAAAA